AAUGACAUCACUUCCCCAAAAUGUCGCUUCCUUGUCUACCGAGAUUUGCUCUGAAAUUCAUUGUAUAUUUAUGAAAUUUCUGCCACUAAUUAGGCUCAAAGAGAAGAAAUAAAUAAAUGUAGAGUUUCAGGAAGCAAAGCAUUCACAUAGCGCUCAAUGUGCAUGAGGAGGUCUAAUGUCUUGACUGGCUGGUGGCAGCUUACCAUUGUUACGGAAAUUCAUGAGUGACGACGGAAUUGCUGCGAAGAGGCCUAGGCGCGAUUCCAACAUGGCUGAUGACAACAAGCAGACUCAGUCAUCGCUGGAGGGGAGCAGGGACCAUGGCGUCAAAAUGUUAUCGGGACUCAACAUGCUGCGCAGUGAAAAGAUCCUCUGUGACGUCUCACUCAUCGCUGAAGGUCAGAAAUUUGAUGUCCAUAAAGUCAUUUUGGUGUCAUGCUCCGACUAUUUUCGCUCCAUGUUUACAAGUGGAAUGAAAGAAAGCAACCAACGAGAGAUCGAACUGAAAGGAGUCACGGCCAAAGGUUUGGAGAAAGUCCUUGAGGUCAUCUAUACAUCAACAACAAAGCUAGAGGCAGACGACAUUUUUGACGUCAUCGCUGCAGCCACCCAUCUGCAGGCCACCGCUGUGAUUGAAUUUUGUGAACGCAACUUCUUGAGUGGUAUGACUACGACAAACUUUUACGAUUUUAUCAAUACAGCUAAGUUGUAUAACAUGAACAAUGCAUUACUUCAAAUAGACCAGUUCAUUGCCAAAAAUCUUCUUCAGAUCGCCCGCGAUGGCAAUUUACAUUACCUAACAUUUGAGCAAAUGCACAGCUGCGUCAUGUGCAAUUCGAUGAAAAUACAGGAGAUUGAUUUAUUUGAGGUUGUCUGGGAAUGGAUCAAACAGGAGAAAACAAGAGAGCAAAAUGCAAUACCUCUCAUGAAAGAGAUCCGAUUUCUGUUGAUAGAACCAACAGAUUUAGUUCAUUAUGUGCAAAAAGUUGAUACCAUGAUGAACACAUCGGAGUUACGCCAGAUGGUCCUGGAUGCCUUGAAUUAUCACGUGGUGCCGCAUUCCCAGCCCCUGAAAGCGGGGCCGGAUAUGGCAAUGCGAGCCUACGUUGAGAGGGUGGUGAGUGUUGGCGGACGGGAGAUCCAUCCCCACCCUGGCUUGUCCAAUGAAAUCCACGUAUUUGACGCGAAUGUCACCGCAGAUAGCCUAAUGAAUAGGAAAUGGUUUGUGAACUUACCGAGUGCUUUGAGUCACACACAAGUGGUUGUGUUUAAUAAUUACCUCUACGUCCUGGGAGGUUGCUCAACACAAUGCGCCCACGGCGAAUCCGCUGUCAACUCUGUGCUGAGGUUUGAUACGCGUUUUGAAACUUGGCUCCAGGUCACCCCAAUGUUGUACAAACGUGCAUAUUUCUUCGCUGGGGUGCUAGACAAUAAGAUAUACUCAAUCGGUGGUAAGCAGAAAGAUGGCAGUUUGGCUACGGCCGAAGUUUACGAUCCUGCGGAAAACUCGUGGGAAACGAUCACAUCGCUGCCAGCAGUGUGCCAUGCCCAUGCCGGAGUCGUCUUUGGGAACUUUCUGUACAUCACCGGUGGUUACAGUAACAAUAACUUUACGGCGGAUAUGCAGCGCUACGAUCCAGCUCACAAUCACUGGGAGGACAUGGAACCGAUGCAUACCCAGAGAGGCUGGCACGUCAUGUGUGUUACGAGGGAGAAAUUCUACGUUUUCGGCGGUUGUAGCUUGAACGCGAAUCAUCAGGCGCUCCCUGUCAUGGUGUCCGAGUGUUAUGAUCCGGAAACGGCGCAAUGGACGCUGAUUGCACCGCUGUCUUUAUCACAUAAAGAAGCCUCAUGUGUGGUGUAUCAUGAUUCUAUAUACGUGCUGGGUGGCUACAAUGUACAGACAAAAACAGGACAGAAAAUGGUAUCUCGUUACGAUCUCAUCACCGGUACGUGGGAAACUGUUGGUGCCCUUCCCCAAAGCAUGACGGGAGUGGGCUACUCGGUACUAAAACUAUCUGAAACCUUGAACCAAGAUCUUAUUUGACUAGGUGUUUUGUCAGGAUAGAUCAAUUAUCAUUGUAUAGAAAUAGUUGUUUAUACUUGUUUGCCAUAUGAUUGUGUGUAGAGACAGUCCUUGGUGUCAAAUAAUUCAGUUUGAAAUCCAGUAACACGUCUACACCUCAACUGUGCAAAGCCAGAGUUACUCAAAAUUCACUUCAAUGAACUGGAAGAAUUGGGUGACUUGGGCUGGGCUGAUAUCUCAGUGACAUGGAUAAUAACAAAUCUUGAUUAUUGGGUACAGUAAGCAUUUUCCUGCAUUAAAUUUUGCCCAAGCCUGGAGUUGGCGAGCAUCUCCUGUUUAUGUUUUCAAGUCGCUGGACUAAAUAAAGUGACCAGUGAUCUUUCGUGCAGAUGGAUGUUGUCUAAGUUCAUGUCUUUUUAAAAACUGUUGGUCACUGAUUAAAAUCUGCACUGGGACAAGUAAAGACAAGAUGUACAUUGUAGUGUUUGUAAAUUGUAAAAUAUUAGUACAAGAAGUACAUAUUAUGUCUCGCCUUCAGGAAGGGGGUAACUGUCAGAAUCAGAGGUCACGUUAUAAGAAAUGUGUCUUGAUUCCCGAUAAGCAAUGUCGGGGUACAUUUUACAUGUGAGACAAUCCACCGCUUUUCACCAAAUUGCGAAAUAGAAUGGCUGCGAAUAUUUCGGGGUGUACUAAACUUUUGAAAUUCUGAAAUUUUGAAAUGUGGCUACACCCCCCGAUUUUUUUUUCUGCCAUUCUCAAACCAUAAGGUAGAGUAGUACGCGCAAAUAUUUACACAACCAAAGCUGUUCUUUUUAUAAAAGUUGUCCUUUCCAAGUUGUAAAUUUGAAUGGCUGUAUGAGUAUGUGCCUUUGUCUUGAGUUCAUAUCUUUCGAGGUUCUAUUUUCUUACGAGUCUUGAAGUUAUUUUUGAUUUAAUUGUUUCUAAAUUAUUCUUUGUUUAUAAGAUAAAACGGGUGUAGGAAGAAAUGCACCGGUAUCUAAUGCCUUUCAAAAGUAAUUGUGUAUUCCUGGUAACUUUUACCAAAAAAUAAAUGUAUUGUAAGACAGUUUGUUGACCAAGACCUCACCACUUCUUUUUUCUUGGCCUGAUUUACAAGUUAUCACAUUACACGUAUUGUUGCAAGCGGUUGUUUUACCAUACAUGAAAUGAAUAAAGUUUUAAUAAUCUUCAAAGAAGAUUCUUAGCGUGGUUUGAUUUUCACUUUCUUCUGAGAUUUACUGUUGGCCCAUGGUCAGUGUUUAGGCCGCAAUAUAACUGCAAAUUAUGUGUUUCAAUUUCUUUGUCAAGUACACAGAGUGUCUGGUACAUUUACUUUGAAUUUCUACGUGUUUAUAUAAUGCCUUACUUUUGGUGUAUUCAAUCACUUAGAUUCUUAACACAAUACAAAAUAACAUAUAGUACAAUUCAAUGUAGCAAUUGUGACAUCUUUGUCAUGAUAUAUGAAAUGGGUUUAGUUCAUCCUUGGUCAACUUCAGUGCAUUCUAUUACAGUGAGACUUCAAAAAUGGUUUACAGUCAUGUGGUGAGGUCCCUCUCGACUAAUUGUUUUGUUUUACACAGAGUGGAUAUUCUAUUGUCACAGUAAAAAUGGCACAUUUGAGGCUAAAAGUUUGAUUGAAAGGACACAAAAGUUAACAAACUAGUCAGCCUGUUAAGGUUACAGGGUUGUGACUUCCAGUAUACAUGUAGAUAGCUUAUACAGUAAACUGCUAUUGGCUUUAUGUGUACAUGUAUCAUGUAUAAUGGUCAUGAUUAAUGUAAAAAAAUAAAGGAUUUCUCUAGAAAUUGUGGUCUUGUUUUGAGAUUUGGUUU